UCGACUUCUCAGCACUAUCCACGCAAAUCGAUUCAUCCAAGAAAUGGCUGUCACUGUGGUCAUCGGCGCUUCCCGUGGUAUUGGGUACCAAUUCAUCAAAACCCUGGCAGCAGAAAAAAACAGCACCGUGAUAGCCACAGCCCGCGACCCCACCGCCCUCCAAGCGAAAGUAAACGCAGACAACAUCUCAAAUACUCAUGUAGUCGAAGCGGACCUCACAUCCUACUCCUCCCUCACCGCAGCCGCAAAAACCACAUCCCCGCUCGUCUCAGGCCAAAUCGACCACCUCGUCAUCAACGGCGCAUACCUCUCCUCAACCGGCGGCAUGAACCCCACCGACUUCGCGCACAACCCAACCCUCUUCCUCGACGAGCUCCACAAGAGCGACCAAGCCAACGUUGCGGGCCCGCUCUUCGCGAUCAACGCGUUCCUGCCGCUGCUCCGCGCCGGAAACGGUAAGAAAGUCACAUAUGUGAGUUCUGGCACCGCGGACGGGCCCGAGACGCUCGCGGUGCAGUUGUCCAACUCUGUGCCGUACUCGACGAGUAAAGCGGGUGGGAACAUUGUUAUUGCGAAGUUUGCGGCGGAGCUGAGGGGGGAGGGGUUUUUGUUUUUGAGUAUUGCGCCUGGAGGGGUGGCGACGGAGACGUUGAUGGAUACUUCGAAAUUUACCGAGGACGAGAAAGCAAAGUUCCAGAGCAUGUUUGCGAGGAUGAUGGAGAAGUAUCCAGAGUGGAAAGGUCCUAUUACUCCUGUGGAGAGCGUUAAGAGGAUUCUUGAUGUGGUGGCGAAUGCAAAGGUUGAGCAGAGUGGGCAGUUUUUGAGCUACUGGGGUAAUACUACUGAAUGGCUGUGAA